GUCAAGUCCCAUAAAAAAUCCGGUCACAUCUGAUACGGACGUACAACAUGACAGGAAUAAGGAGCAAUAUAAGCUUACUAAAGAUAAUACAAACGUUACAUUUCGACAGUAUUCUGAAUCGGAGCUUCUUCAGGGCUUCCUAGGGCAAAAUGUGGAACAAUUCAUGAGCAAUUUGGCCACGGAUAAAUUUGAUAACUUUGUUUCUGAUGCGAAUUCUGGAUACGAGCAACUUGAUGAAUUGGAAAAUGGGAGGCCAUUGCCGUUAACUCCCGAAAAUUAUCCCAACAGCGUUAUUACCAACGAAUAUUCGUGCAGCUCAAAUCAAACCAACAAGGACAUAACCAUAAUCGACAUGGCUCACAAUUCGGAUGCAUCUAACCCUCAUGAGGAGAUUUGCAAGGAGGAAGAGGAUAUUAUACCAAGUGAUGAACCGUAUUCAUACCUGCAAGGGCUUAAUUCGGAUAACCUCAUGCAGUUCAGUCAGCAAUCGGCCAUACAGGAGCUAUUAAUGAAGGAACAAUUGGAUGUUAAACCGAAUUUAGAUGUAUUGCCUACAUUCGAGGAGCAUGACACCGGCGGUUACAAGUUUGACUUACAAGUCUGCAGUAGAGGUAAAGCUCAAAAGGGUUGGAUGUUUUCGUCUACUCGCAAGAAGCUCUAUAUACGCAUGAAUGAUAUUUUUACGGUGGAUGUAAUAUACGUGCCGAAGCUGCCUUUGCAACAGUUACGUGUACGCGUGCUGAUGAGUUUCAAGAACGAGGUGAGCGAGCCUGUUUUGCGUUGCCAAAAUCACCUAAGCAAAGAUACUGAAUCUCACCCGAAGCGGCGUCAGAGUUUGCUACGCUGUGAGAAUCCUUCCGCUGAAUACUGUGGCACACCUGAUGGUAAAAGCAUUCAUGAUCGCUACUCGGUUUUAAUUCCAUUGGGUGCGUCUGUCAUAAAGAAUGAUAAUACCAUAAGGCAAACGAUCGCCAUCAAGUUUACUUGCCAGAAUUCGUGCAUUGGGCGCAAGGAGACAAGCUUAAUAUUUCUGCUGGAGGGCAUGAGUGGUGAAAUACUUUCACAGCGUGUAAUGGAUGUGAAAAUCUGCUGCUGCCCCAAACGAGACCACAAGGCAGACGAGCGCAAUAGAAUAGUGGCUGCAUCAAAGCGGAAAUCAAAUGAAGAUAUGUCCGCUCGCGCUCCAAAAUUAAAGAAAAAGAAGAAUAACACGCAAGCCUUUGCCAAAGAUGAAGAUACUAGUAGUGAUUUAGAAGACAGUGAUAGUGGCUUUAGUACAGCACAAGAUGUGGAUUUGCAGGCAACAUCUAGCGGCAACUAUCGCAUUGUCAUUGAGUUGGAUAAAGAAUUGAUGCAAAAGGCGUUGGAAUGUUUCAAUCAGGCGAUAGCUCUACGCAUGUUUGAAGAACCGCAACAAGCGAAGCACUACAAUAAAAUGUGUCGAAAGCUAAUGCGGGUUCGAGAUAAGCUGAAGAAGGUGUAAUUUUAUAAAUUUAUAAGUCAUAUCAGUUAAAUAGGUCGCCUUAAUUAUCUAUAAGUAAAAUAGGUUUAAAUUACUCGAUAGCAUUAGUUUUAUAUCGAGUAGCGUACAGAAUCGGGCAUAUGAUUUGCAACCAAAUUCAAAAUGAUAUUGUUUACCAUUUAAUUUUUAAGAAUUUUCAAUUAAAAUAGGGUAGAAAAAAUAGUUUCAUCAAAAUUUCCAACUUUCUUCUCAGAAGUGUUAAAUUUUUUUGAGUACUCAGUUUUGUAGCCU